AUGGCGCCGAAAAGUGCAGCGCCCAAGGCUGCAGCGCCCAAGGCCGCAGCGUCCAAAGCGGCGCCCAAAGUAGCAGCGACGAAAGCCGCUGCUGCCAAAGCAGCGCCCAAAGCCGUGGCCAAAGCUGGUCGUGACGAAUUGGGCGUGGAGGUUGUGAAGGAAGUGGAGCUGCCCGGCGGCGCGAAGCUUCGUGUCAGCGUCGGAUGCAUCGAUCGCUUUGAGGGAGACGCCUUGGUCAACGCAGCGAACCAGGGAUGUCUUGGGGGUGGCGGCGUUGAUGGUGCAAUCACCCGUGCGGGAGGGUCCAGGCUCCACGAAGCCCGAAAAGCCUUGCCAGCCACCGCUGGCAAGCGCUGUGCCACUGGUAGCGCCGUGGUCACUGUGGGUGGCGACCUGAAGGCCAAGUGGUGUAUCCAUGCAGUCGCGCCGCGCUAUCCUGGCAAGGACACAAAGGAGUCCAAAGAUGAAUCGACGCUGGCAGAGUGCGACGCCCUGCUGCGGUCCGCAGCCACGGCUGCCAUGCGCCUGGCGAAGGCCAAGAAAGCCAAGCGUGUGGCUUUUCCCAUCUUGGCCGGUGGCAUCUUUCGAGGCUGCCGGCCUCUGGAUGUUGUCAUUGCGCAGUGCCUCCAGGGCAUCCAGGAGGGUGUCUACGAAGGCUUGGAGUCAGUCUACAUCGUGGCCUUUCCAGGUGAUCCAGAGUCCCUCCCCAUCCUGCUGGAUGUCGCUGCCAAGUUGGAGGGACCUGCGGAGGCCCCGACUCCAGUGCGCGGUGAGGCCACAGAGGCCAUAGAGGCCACAGAGGCAACGGAGGCGAAGGUCGCUGUCCCGGUCGCGGUUCCAGAGCUGGCGCGCACGAAGUCCGAGCAGGUGGUGCGCGUGUUCCGCGAGUGGGACCAAGACUGUGACGGGCGCCUCAAGCUGGAGGACAUGUGCACAAUCUUCGUCAAUUUGGGUUUCACCCCUGAAGAUGCGGCAAAGCUCUUCGCACAAGCCGAUGUGAACGCAGAUGGACUGCUUGACUAUGCUGAGUUCGCGCAGUGGCUGUAUGAUGUCUCACCCGCAGAAUUUCGAGAGCAGAUUCUGCGAUCCCAUUUCCCCAUUGCGUCCGGCCCCUUUGGGCUCACAGACGAGACGUGCCAAGCUACCUUUCAGUGCCCUGGCCUUCUCCCAUUCGAGGUCGUGGCCAAGAUGUUCAUGUCACUGGCCCUCCAGGUGGAGCUGCCCUCGUUUCAGGCCCUCUUUGACUUUUUCUGUCGAGCCGAGGGCCCGGAGCUGCUGAGCACCACCGUGCAAGAGGGAAUCCCAUUUGGACCUCGCCAAAAGGCGGUGCGGAAGAGGGCCGAGGUGGACUUCCUGUUUGGCCUGCCGCCCCCGCUGUAUGGGCGGGGCAGACCGCCACGGGAUGCCGUCUCGAAGGGCCGAAGCUCCUCGCCUGGGUGCCGCUCGGAUUGGCUUUGCAACCCGCGCCCGCUCCUGGCCACGGGCGAGCGGGUCCGGUCCGGGAGCAGGGCCCAGAUCUUCGAGGAAGACCUGCGGGACCGUGGCAGAUCAUCGGAACGCUAUGAGGAUGACUAG